ACAACAAGUUGUGACAAUAUAACUUGCAUACUUUCAGGGAUUACAUGCAGCGAUGUCAUAAUAGGGAUUUGCAGUGAUUCAAUAUUGGUCGGUGUGAAUAGGUCUGGGAGAGUAGUUCCUUGGUACUUAAGGGUCGAGAAUUUGUGCAUACAUUCAGAUGAAUGCAUGCACGGCAUCUGGGCAGCUCGCUCCCUGGCACCAGCUCUCCCACACAGAGUUCCUUUUUUUGUCUCUGUGUUCAAUGGAAAAACUCACAGGUUUACACAGAUUGUUGGUAAAAAUCCGCCUCGGGCAAAGAUUACCCACCAGUGUGAGUCAGAUGCAGUUUGGCUCAUCUCCAGGCGAGACAUGAUGACAUUUGUAGACUGAGCCCGUUGAAUAGAAGCAACUGGUGUUGAUAAAGAGGAGGAAGAGGAGACUCGACCCACACAGUUUCACUUACAGCCAGGUCAGGACGAGACGCCAGUAUGGGGGGAGAAAAGUCAUCGGGCCACAUUUAGGUGGAACGGGGCGAUGACUUUCAAUCUCAACUUCCUGCCAAUUUACAGAUCACACCAACUUUUACAGUCACUCUGGGAAAUCAGCUCUUGUUGCUGGCCGGGGUCGGUCACACAAGGAGGGCCGUCAGCCUCCAGAGGAUGGCUGCGACGGUUCUUGCUGCUGAAGCUGGUGACGGUGCUGCUGUUCCCACAUGGAGCAGGCGUUCAUCUGCUGUUGGGAUGCAUGUUGAGCCUGCGUGCUCUGCUGCUGCUCCGCUCCCCUAACAUCUCCACCAAGCCCUCCAACGUGUUCCUGGGCCAGCUGGCACUCUGCGACGGGCUGGUCCUGCUGCAGUGGGCCCUGUGGCUCGGAGCAACGCUGGCCUGUUGGAUGGGGGAGGGUGAGAUGGGCCUCAUGAAGACGAAGGAAUCGGUUUGGUGGAGGGAGGCUGUGAGUGUGCUCUGUCAGCAGCUGCUCGACGCGCACCACCUGGCCUCUCUGCUCCUGCUGGGCCUGCUGGGGCUGGAGGCCACACUAGUGUCACACUGGCCACAGCAGACUCGGAACCUCAGGACUUCUCACUGGGCUCAGCUCAGCUGUGGCCUGGUCUGGGUACUUGUGCUGCUAGAACUCAUGAUGUCACUACCCUAUGAGUUUUUACAGUUCUUCAACCUUCACAUUUACUCCUCAACACGUCAAGACUCUCAAAAUGCACAUGUGGGUUUAAUGCCUCCGUCCUCCCUGCCUGCUUUCUCCCCCUUGCUGAGGAGGACGUUAUGGCUGAUCAAUCUAUGGUUACAUUAUGCGUUCUUCUGUAGUAAACCACAGAGGAGAAAGAGCUCCUUUCAUUGAAACAACACACAACUGUCUGGUAUCUGCUACUUUAAUACAUUUCAUUUAUAAAAAUAAAUGAAUGUUUCGUGGAUAUCAUGGGAAAGAUAUUUAUAUAUGGGCCUUACAAUGAAGCAAUUGAAACUGUGUUUACAGGUGGCUAUAACAUCACACAAAGUGACAGUGUGUGUUAAUGCACUUUCGG